AUGCCCCUGGUACAGCCAGCUCCUCAGGCCGUACCCCUCUGCCCUCAGGAAACUCCUCUUCGCCAUUUGAUCCUCAAGCUCUUGUUCCGUACAGAUGGCGAUUUCCCGAAGACAGAGGCCCAGAGCGGAGCUCCGUUGAAUCCCCACGAGCACUUGGCAAACAUCCUUUCAUCUAAGGAUUUGGAUGAAAAAAUCCAGGGUGUCCUCCAAGACCUUGGUCUCGGUGCCGCGAGCAGAGCGUUAGGAGAUGUUGUGAUGCUCGACAAUCUCCUCACGAUCGAAAUUCUCUUUACUGCUCCAACGGUAUCAGACAAGGUAUCUGUCGACAGCAAGAAGCUUCCCUUCAAAGAUGUUGUUGAGAAGAUCAAAAACCUGAAAGACGAACACGAGGUCUUCGUCAAGAAUUCAAAUCUUGUGUCCGUGAAUGUUGCUCCUUGCAAUCACUCUGUCUGCUUUGAUUGUAUCCGCAACAGGGCCAAGCUCCGAUUAGCUCAAGCACGUGAUUGCAUGUACAAGACUUUUGGCCUCGUGAAGGAGCUCGAGCAAGCGAUGGAGAAGGAGAGCAAGACGGAGCUGUCAUACCAGAGCAGCUUGCAGGAGUACGCGAACAUAGAGAAGCAGUUCUAUGCUGCACGCCGCAAGCUCCAGGCACUCGACCCUUCCAAGACUCCGGAGAAGCAGUACAAGGCUGCAGUGAAAGUGCUCACUGGAUCGGAGGAAGGAGACUUCAAGGACGGUUGCGAAUAUAAUGGAGGCCUUUUUCUCUCAAAGAAAACAGCAGCGACCAAAGCUGCUAAGCUGGAAGCUGCCUUGCAGAAUCUUUCCAUCAUUGUUCACGAGAAGCGUGCGGCCUUGGCUGUUGCAACAGCUCACGAGAUUGUCUUCGGGCAAGCACACGAGAAGGCAACCUCUUUAGCAGGCCCCAACUGCCCCUCGAUCUACCCCCGCCAGUUCACCUGCACACACUCUUGCGGGUUCAUGGGGACGCAGGAGGUGGUCCAAUACCACGAGAAAGCCUGCGGGACGAGCUACCAGUGCUCCGUAUGCGGUGCUCGCGGAUCGUUUCUUCAGGCGCAGAUGUGCGAGCAGCAGCAUAGCAUGAUGAUGGCAAGUGUUCCAGCCGCUAUCCCUGUUAGCCUUUUGUCAGCUCCCGUCAACUAUGGCAGCAUGUUAUGA